AUGGUUAGGAAGAUGAAAAGUCUAGAACAAGCUAUGAAGAACUUGCAGGGGUCAGGAAGCUAUAAAAGCGUUUCAUACAGUGAUUUGUGUAUGUUCCCGAGUGUUCACUUACCUCCGGGGUUUAAGACACCGAAGUUUGACAAGUACGAUGGGCACGGUCAUCCCAUAGCUCAUUUGAGGAGAUACUGCAACCAACUGAGAGGAGCUGGGGGUAAUCAGGAAUUACUCAUGGCUUACUUUGGGGAGAGUCUGACUGGUUUAGCUUCAGAAUGGUUUAUUGAUCAGGACAUUGUGAAAUGGCAUACUUGGGAUGAUAUGGAAAAUGAGUUCGUGCAACAAUUUCAGUACAAUAUUGAUCUGGUUCCUGAAAAAAAGUCUCUAACCAACCUGAAGAAGAAAGUUACCGAAAGUUUUAGGGAGUUUGCGGUUCGUUGGCGUGAACAAGCCGCAAGGGUAAAGCCACCAAUGAGAGAAGGAGAGAUGGUGGAGACUUUUCUCCAGGCACAAGAUGAGACAUAUUAUCAACACAUGAUCCCGGCCCUAGGAAAACCGUUCAUUGAGGCCAUUAAAAUGGGAGAAAUAAUAGAAGAAGGAAUCAAAACAGGACGCAUUGUCGGCUUUGCCGCGUUGAAGGCAACAACCCAAGCCAUUCAAAAUGGUUCAGGGUGUUUUGGUGGAAAGAAGAAAAAGGAAGAUGUAGCUACAGUUGCGCCUGGGAUACGACGAAACCCGAGGGGCCCGCCUCGCCAAUACACUCAACCCCAACCCCAAAACUACACCCAAGAUCCAUAUAAUUACCCACAACACUACUUCCCUCCCCAAAACCCACAAUAUUCUAUUCCGCCCCCUCAGUACCCCAUAUACAGUGCGCAGCCAUAUGUCCAGCCCCCUUGUUACCCACAAUGGCGCGCACCAACCCCGCAAGUCCGUCCUCCACCUCCGCAGACUUACCAAGGCCCUCCCAGAUCCAAUUUUCGGCCCAGGCCAGAGUACAAAAGGGCAAAUACAGUCAAGGAUAACUUUACCCCCAUUGGGGAAUCAUAUGCUGAUUUGUUUCAAAAGCUGAGGGCAUUAAAUGUUUUAAGCCCAAUUGAAGGAAGGAUCCCAAACCCGCCUCCGAAAAAUCUUGAUUACUCUCAAAGAUGUGCUUAUUGUUCUGAUACCCCGGGACACAAUAUAGAGAAAUGUUGGUAUUUGAAGAAAGCAAUCCAAUAUUUGAUUGAUACACAACAAAUUGUGGUGCAAAAUGCAGAUAUACCGAAUAUCAAUCAAAACCCACUACCAAAUCAUAAAGAAACAAACAUGUUGGAGUUGAUCUAUGGUAGUGAUAGGUCCGAUGUUCCGUACAAGCCUAUCAUGAAGAUUGAAGCAGGCGUGGAGAAAUCAGUAAAUGUGGCAGAUUCCGCAAAAACAGCACCUUUGGGGUUAAAUGAGGUUACAAAGAGACCAAUCCAGUCAGACGCGAUGAAACCCUUAUUGAUUGUGAAGGGAGCUCCAGAGAAGGUUGGGGCAAGUCAGGGAAAACCAAAGUUGAUCGUGCCAGGGGUGUCGAGCAGGCCUAUUUUAACUGUCAAAGGGGCGUUCACCACCCCUAUCAUUAUUAAGCCAGUGACACAACUUCCAAUAGUUGAUGCUAAGGCGGUUCCCUGGAAUUAUAAUUAG